AAUCAGCUGUUUCGCUUUGUCCUGCCGCCAAGCUCCAUUCUCUCCGAUCUAUUUGCACGCACAGUCACCAACGAUUUUCCCGUGCAACUGUAUCAGAUCAAUUAUGUUUUUUCAACAAUGUUAAUAACAGUAUAAUUGUGCAUGGCCCAUUGUGAUCGUACACGACACAACAACGUUCCAUUGAUAUUCAGUGAUGACACAACAAAAUAAAACCAUGAAUUUCUUGAUACAAGAUGUCAAUGGGCAAGCACAAGUCAUUAAGGUUGUUCAGAGCACCCCCAACAAGACCUUGAGCAACAUGAUGGGGACGACAAAUGCCGGGGGAAUCAAGGUCUUCAAAGCCCCAGGACAGGAGUCACAACAGGUUUUAUCAUCUGGUGCUCAAGUUAUGAGGACUAUUAGUCUGGGGAGCUCGUCAACUCCGGGGCAACGAUUAAUGACGAUACCACUACAAAAUGCCAAAGUCUCGGCGGUCAAGUCCAGUGAUUCGGUCAUGACGAAGACGAUACAAUUGACGACAGCUCAAAUGAGUGAUAUUAAACAGGCUAUUGCGUCACAGCAACAAGCCAGUGUUCAACAAGUUGUCAAAGAUGCCUCGGGAAAAUUCUUCACUCCACUACUCGAUCACAGUGCUAAUCGAAAGCGCCAUGAUGCUGAUGGAAGUGAUUUUGUCCCUGACAAACGAAGAAAAACAGAGAAAGUUGGAAAGGGUCUGCGACAUUUUUCCAUGAAAGUAUGUGAAAAAGUAAAAAAGAAGGGAACAACCUCCUACAACGAAGUAGCGGAUGAGCUUGUCGGUGAAUUUACAAAUCCAUCCCACGUUAAUUCACUGACUGAUCAGCAGUAUGAUCAGAAGAACAUCCGAAGACGAGUAUAUGAUGCUCUCAAUGUCCUCAUGGCAAUGAACAUAAUUUCAAAGGAGAAGAAGGAAAUCCGGUGGUUAGGAUUGCCUACAAAUUCACUCCAAGAGUGUUUAUCACUUGAGAAGGAAAAAAAGAAGAGGAUUGAACGAAUUAUGACAAAAACUCAGCAGUUGCAUCAGCUCAUUCUGCAACACAUCUCAUUCAAAAAUUUGGUUGAACGUAAUAGCGCGAAUGAGAGACAGCAUGGCCCACCGAAGCCAAACUCUGCAAUACAGUUGCCAUUCAUUAUAUUAAAUACUAGCAAAAAGACUGUUGUAGACUGCAGCAUCACCAACGAUAAAUCUGAGUACCUGUUCAAUUUUAAUGAUAAGUUUGAGAUCCAUGACGAUAUUGAAGUUUUGAAACGCAUGGGAUUGGCCUUUGGAUUGGAGAAGGGAGAAUGUACGGAGGAUAAUUUGCGCAAGGCUAAAGAUAUGGUACCUAAGUCAUUGGAAAAAUACGUCGAACAGCUAUUAUCGGGUGAUCUUGAAAAAUUCAUUCCCGUAACCAUUCCUGGACCAAGUACUUCCAUGGAAGAACUGGAAUUGAAACUGGAAGGAUCCGGCUCACGGCCCCCAUCAUCUUCACGUACAUCACUGUCCGAAGAAGCAAUGUCACCCCCAUCACAAAUUUAUUCCGAUGACGAGGAAGAUGACCUGGAGAGCGAUCAGAAUGAACAGGUGGAUAGCGAUAUUGAUAUAAACUAGCACACUGGGUAAUCCGAUAACAACCACACUAUCAUUACCGUUCACUUAUUUUUAAUAUUCAAUUUUAUGCAUUGAGUUAUAAAAAAAAACAUUGUAUUUUUUUGAAAAUGAUGAGAGAGAACAAAAAAUUAUCAAUUGGCCACAUGAAUUUGAGCGAAUGCAUAAUGAAUGAUGAUUUUUGUACGUAAGUGGCUUAAUUCGGUUAUUACUGUAACUACAAUUAUUAUAAUUAUUGAUAUAAUUAUUAUUAUUAUUCAAAUCUUUCGUCGAUCGAUGAAUCCUUAUUGUACGAUUAUUUUUCCUUUUGCUAGUGAUGAAUGUAAGAGGGCCAAUGCUAGUUAACACUAAGGAAAAAAAAUCUAUAAUUUUCAGUUGUUAAAUUGUAAAAAAAUAUGUCUUUUUUUCAACGUUUUGUUUAUUAUGUUCACGAUAUCGUCGUCAUACAUAAAAUUACGAACUACUGUAUUGAUAAUAAAUCGAAUGAAACUUCAACUGUGAAGUAAAAAAAUGGAAUGAGUCAAUUUCAUUAAGAUUGAUUUUUUAGUUUUUCAAUUCUAAAUUGACAGACGAAUGAUUUUUGGAGGAUUUUGUAAUGAAAAUUUGAUGAACAUCGGUGCUAAUGACCGCUCAUUGUCACUCACGAAGUACAGGUCAAAGUGAGAAAAGAAAAUAAGCAAAAACAACGGUUCAUAUGCCACGUGUAUGUAUUAUAAAUUACAAUAAUCCUAGAGUUAUGACUCUCAAUUACAUGUAUAAAAUGUACUACGAUUACUCAUUUUCAUAUGGCACAUUUAUAAUAAUAAUAGUAAUAAUAAUAACGAUAAUUAUAAUAUGUGGUAAUUGAAAAUUUGAUUAUACAUUUAAUUAAUCUGGAAUAGUUCCUGAAAUUCAAUCUGCUGGAAUUAUGAAAAUAAAAGAAUUGUAAUAUCAUUACAACAAAAUAGUUUCUUAAGAAUUUUAAUAUCUUAAGCUCGUUGUCCAACAAUUAUUAAAAAUUUGUGGUUUAUUAUAGGAUUGAAUUAUCAACAAUUUAUUGACAGAAGGGCCGUACAAUAGUUUAUAUAAUACAACAAAAUUUAUAUUUCUGAUGAUUCGCUGGAGCCGUUGAAUGACAAAAUAAAUGGGACAGUUUUCACGCUCA